AUGAAACCAGUCACGUUUAUCACCGUUGUUGCUGCUGCUGCCUUGGGCUCCCUCGUCGCUGCCGAGAAGUGUGCGAAGACGACGCUGAGCUUCGCGUUUAUUCCUCUAGAGUCGAUAUCGGAAGAGUGCGCGGACGAGUCGGGAUAUGUGCUGCUCCCGUUCGAUUCGAUGCCGACGCAAAACGAAACACACGCAAUGUGCAAGAGCAAAGCGUGCAAAGAGAUGCUGCAUAGCGCCGACAUGCCCGACUGUACGACGCUCGUGGACGGCGCUGCCGAAAACAUUAGGGAGAAAUUUCGGCUCAUGCGAGCUUCUUGUCUGGUAGCCGAAGUGAACACGCUCUCUACUUAG